AUGGCCACAGCAAGUGCCGAUCAGAUUCUGAAUGUUCUCGAGGAAGUGGUGGAAAUUUUUAAGCAAGAACAUGUGUUUGACACCACGGGGAAGUACCCAGUGGUUGAAUUCUUACAUCCGAAGGAAUUGCAGGAUAAAAUCGACGUCGCCUUGAGGGACGAUGGAGCCUCUUCGGAGGAGAUCAAGAAGGCGAUGAGGGAUAUUGUUAGGUACUCGGUGAAGACGUCCAAUCCACACUUUCAUAAUCAGCUGUACGCGGGUGUCGAUGGGUAUGGACUCGCGGGGGCUUGGAUAUCAGAGAGCCUUAAUACGAGCCAAUAUACUUACGAAGUAGCUCCCGUAUUCAUGCUCCUCGAGCGUGAAGUUCUCGACAAAGCUCUGUCCCUGGUAAACUACUCAGCCUUCCCCAACGCCGACGGAAUUCUCUGUCCAGGUGGAAGUAUCUCCAACAUGUACGGAAUGAUCUUAGCGCGUUACAAGCGAAUGCCACAAGUAAAGACAAAGGGCCUGAGUGGAUUACCACCUCUCGCGCUGUUCUCCAGUGAAUUGGGCCACUACUCCGUCCACAAAGGAGCUCAUUGGCUCGGAUUCGGUACUGAGAGUGUUUACAAUGUGAAAACUGAUUCCUUCGGGCGAAUGGAUCCCGAGGAUCUCAGGAGGGCCGUAAAGGAGGCGCGGGAGAAAGGAUUUGUUCCCUUUUUUGUUAAUGCCACUGCGGGGACUACUGUACUAGGAUCCAUAGACCCCCUCGAGGAGAUCGCAGGGAUUUGCGAGGAAGAGGAACUGUGGCUGCACGUCGAUGCAUGUCUCGGGGGCGCACUGCUCCUCUCCGCCAAAUAUAGAAAACGACUGAAAGGAAUCGAAAAGUCGAAUUCAAUAUCGUGGAAUCCACAUAAGAUGCUGGGCACACCUUUCCAGUGCUCGAUAUUUUUGGUAAACGCGAGGAAUCUGCUUCACGAGGCCAAUUGCGCGGGGGCUACGUAUCUCUUUCAACAGGACAAGUUCUACGAUGUCUCCUGGGACACUGGGGAUAAGAGUGUGCAGUGUGGGAGGAAGGUGGAUGCAGUGAAACUAUGGCUAAUGUGGAGAGCCAGAGGCACGAAAGGUCUCGCAGCCUCGGUAGACACCGCGAUGGAGACAGCCGACUACUUCUUACAAAAAAUUCAAAGCCGAAAGGGCUUUCGUCUCGUCUUCCCCAAAUUCGAGGGAAACACCGUCUGCUUCUGGUACGUCCCCCCCAGCAUGAGGACGCAGGAGGAGACCCCAGACUGGUGGCAGAAAUUGUACAAUAUCACGAGGGAAAUCAAGGAGCUGCUGGUGCUGGAGGGAACACUCAUGAUUGGGUACACUCCGAUGGGUCAGAAGAAGCUUGGAAAUUUCUUCAGGAUGGUCGUCAGCUGCCAGCCACCUCCCACCCAUCAAUCAAUGGACUUCGUCGUUCAGGAGAUCGAGAGGAUUGGGGAAAAACUGUGAAGAUGAGGCAGGGGAAAAACGAAAUUGCGCUUUUGCAUUCGUCAGGAAAUUCUAUUCGAUUUCCCUUGGAAUUUCAUUUUAAUAUUUUAUUCUUUCCUACAAUUCAUUCUGAUACGAUAUUUUCUUCAGUAAUUUUUUUUUACAUGAAUUUUCCUUUUUUUAUGUUACUUUAAAUUCUUCUUUUAAAAAAUUCCAGUA